AUGGCUGACGAGAAGAGCCAACCGGCGGAGGCCGUCAGUUCAACGGCGGACCAGAGCCCAUCAACUGAAAAGGUUACCCAAGGGGCAGUUGUCACCAAUGUUCCAGAUGCUGAAGAAGACAAGGAAAAGCAUGCGCGGCCUGAACGGACAGCCAAUUUUCAGGAUUAUAUGCGCAUCUUCCGAUAUGCUACGAAAUGGGACUUGGCGGCCUAUGCUGCCGGGCUCAUUGCUGCCAUUGGGUCGGGAGUGACCUUGCCUUUGAUGAAUGUGAUUUUUGGUAUAUCAAUCUCUCAUGCCUAUCUAUCUAAUGACUGUCUGGCUACGGAACCGUCCUCAAACGCGGGGCUGACACCUUUAAAGGCAGAUUUAUUGACCAUGUUUGGUCUUUUCCUCGCCCGGUUUGGUCUUGGGAGCAUCAACAAGUUUGCAUUCCGAAUGAUUGGGAUCCGACUUUCUGCUGCAAUUCGACUACACUAUCUUAAGAGUUUAUUUAACCAGACCGUGCAUGUGACCGACAUUUUACCCCCUGGGUAUGCUGUCGGAACCAUCACUUCAACAAGCAACAUCCUCCAACUUGGCAUCUCCGAAAAGCUAGGCGUUUUUGUCGAGUAUAACUCCUUGAUUAUCGCCUCCAUCAUUGUCUCCUUUACUUGGAGUUGGGAGCUCACCCUGGUCACGUUCUCAGGUGUCGUCUUUAUACUUCUUGCCGUGUCUAUCAUCCUACCGCUUGUCCUCAAAGGCCACGCUCGGAUGGGCAAAGCCGAAUCUGGAGCAGCAGCAGUUGCCAGCGAGGCCCUUGCUAGUGUUAGGAUGAUCAUGGCCUGUGGCGCCGAGAAGCGGACGGUGGAACGAUAUGCUGCUUUUGUCGAAGAAGCCAAGAAACAUGCUCAGUUCAUGUCGCCUCUAAUUUCACUGCAGUUUUCUCUCGUGUUUUUUGGCGCAUUUGCUUCUUUCGGUCUGGCCUUUUGGUAUGGAACAAGGGCCUUCACCCAAGGCAGAAUCGAUUCUGUGGGUGUCAUUACUGUGGUCCUCCUUUCCGUCAUGAUGACGGUCUUCUCGUUGGAGCGCGUGUCCACACCCCUGCUGGCUGUUGGCAAGGCUUCUGUGACAUUCGCGUAUCCUAGUCGGCCACAUGUCAAGAUCCUCGACAACUUGGAUUUAAACAUCGAGGCAGGGAAAAUCACUGCUAUUGUUGGCCCAUCUGGGAGUGGCAAGAGUACAAUUGUAGGGCUCAUUGAAAAAUGGUACAGCCUCAAAGGCCAGUAUCUUAUUGCCAAGGCGGUGGAGAAAAAGAAGGACAAGAAGAAAGGUGACGAUGACGAGGAAGCGGCUGAGCGAGUCGAGCCUGAGGAGACCGGACCUGUGGUUCCGCUCAGCGGUUCUGUCACCACUGGCGGUCAUUCUCUCGAUGAUAUCGAGUCGAAAUGGUGGAGAUCGCAGAUUGGCCUUGUGCAACAGGAGCCUUUCUUGUUCAACGAUACCAUUUUCAAGAAUGUUGCUAAUGGACUUGUGGGUUCACCAUGGGAAAAUGAGACUGAGGAGCGCAAGCGAGAGUUAGUCAAGGAGGCUUGUGUCGAGGCCUUUGCCGACGAGUUUAUUGACAAGCUCCCGGAGAGAUAUGACACCGUGGUUGGUGAUGCUGGAGGUCGGCUAUCAGGCGGUCAGAAACAACGCAUUGCCAUCGCUCGAUCUAUCAUCAAGAAGCCCUCAAUUCUGAUCCUCGACGAAGCCACGAGUGCGAUCGAUGUCCGUGGAGAGAAGAUUGUUCAGGCCGCCCUCGAUAAGGUGGCUCAAGGACGAACCACUAUCACCAUUGCUCACCGUCUGUCCACGAUCAAGAAGGCCGAUAAGAUUGUUGUGCUGAAGAAGGGAAAGGUGGUCGAGACCGGAACCCACGAGACUCUCAUGAACAAUGUCGGUGGCGUGUAUCAUGGUCUUGUUCAAGCCCAGGCACUUUCUCUUGGGGAGCCGACCAACACAAACAUUGACUCUGACAUCAGUUUGGACGAGGCUGACUCUCUUACUCGUGAGAAGAGCCAAGCGAAAUCGGAGCGUGAGGUUGGAAAAGGCAGCCCAGAGAAGCCUGGCCAGAAGAAGAGAAACCUUUUUAAUUCCUUCGGACGCUUCUUUUUUGAAACUAAAUCUCACUGGUAUUUGAUGUUUUUAGCAGUGACUUUUGCUGCUGGAGCUGGCGCGGGUUUGCCGAUCCAGGCUUUCUUAUUUGCAUCAUCGAUCGAUUUGUUCAAAUACGCAGCCGAUCUGCCCAAACUUAUGUCCGAAGCCGAAUUUUGGUCUCUGAUGUGGACUGUUCUCGCAAUCGGCGUGGGAAUCGUCUAUUUUGGGGGGUUCCUCUCGUCGACUAGCAUGGCUACUGUCGUUCGCGCCAAAUACCAGAAGCAAUACUUUGAGACAAUUCUUUUCCAAAAGGCAUCCUUCUUUGACGAAGAAGACCAUUCUCACGGCACCAUGACAUCUCGCACCAAGGAUGAUCCCCAGCAACUGGAGGAGCUCAUGGGAGUGAACAUGACCAUGGUAUACAUUGCCAUCUUCAGCAUCAUCGGAUCCAUUAUAAUUGCUCUCUCUUUUACAUGGAAGCUGGCUCUCGUUGCUAUCUGUGUUGUGUUGCCCAUCACAGCAGCAGGUUCGUAUUUCCGUCUGCGAUACGAGCUUCAGUUCGAGAAGAUGAAUAAUGCAGUCUUUGCAGAGAGCUCCCAGUUUGCCUCUGAGUCUUUUGGCGCUUUCCGGACUGUCACAUCUUUGACUCUUGAGGACUCGAUAACUGAACGAUUUGAGAAGCUCUGCCAGGGCCAUGUUGUCACGGCUUAUAAGAAGGCCCGCUGGGUCAGCAUCAUCUUUGGAUUCGCCGACAGCUCCACCAUGGCUUGUCAAACACUCAUCUUUUAUUAUGGUGGCCGACUUUUGUCUAGAGGCGAACUUGACGUGAUGGCUUUCUUCGUCUGUCUGAUGGCUAUUAUGAACGCUGGCGAGUCGUCUGGGCAAAGCUUGAGUUUCGGGCCUAAUGCUGCACAAGCAACAGCUGCAUCCAAUCGCAUACUGGACGCCAGAGAGUCCCGGUUCCAUGAUCAAGUCGACGACAAACCAGCUUUUGAGCAUGUCGAAGGUGGCAUGAAGAUCGAACUCAGGGACGUUGGGUUCAAAUACCAGACUCGCGAGACCCCUGUCUUUAAGCAUUUGAAUCUCACAAUAGAGAAGGGUCAAUUCGCUGCCCUGGUAGGCGCAUCCGGGUGCGGCAAGACUUCGAUCAUCAGUCUUCUAGAGCGGUUCUAUGACCUUAAUCAUGGACAAAUUCUUUGCAACGAUAAGGACAUUUCCGAGCUGAAUAUCUACUCUUACCGCAAACACUUGUCGCUUGUAGCUCAAGAGGCCACUCUUUUCCAAGGAACCAUCAAAGAAAAUAUUCUGCUAGGGGUGGAUCCGGAAUUCAUCACGGAGGAGAAACUACACGCAGCUUGCCGCGACGCCUCCAUCCACGACUUCAUUGUCUCCUUGCCUGAAGGCUACAAUACUAACAUAGGCAGUCGAGGAGUGUCCCUCAGCGGUGGACAGAAGCAGCGCAUCGCCAUCGCGCGCGCCCUUAUCCGAGACCCCGAUAUCCUUUUGCUAGACGAGGCAACGAGCUCCUUGGACUCGGAGAGCGAGAAGCUUGUGCAGGCGGCGUUCGAACGGGCCGGAAAGGGCAGGACCAUGGUUGUCGUGGCUCACCGACUGGCCACUGUGCAGAAUGCCGAUGUCAUCUUUGUCCUGGGCGAAGGCAAACUCCUCGAAAAGGGUUCUCACGUCGAACUUCUAAAGAAGCAGGGCGUUUAUUAUCAAAUGUGCCAAAGCCAAGCUCUUGACCGGUAG